AUGACGGAAAGUAUAGCAUUAAAGAGGGAGGAGGCCGAGAAAAACAAAGAGAGUGCUAUUGACAGUGAAAAGAUCAAGGAAGAACUUAGAGAUGAUUUGGAUGGAGGUUCCGAGUCCUCAGAAUCUGAGCCAGAAGAUGAAUAUGGAAAAUUAUUAACAAAUGAUGUUGAAGAAGGCUUAAGCAAGGUGUUGAAGGCCAUUAAAUCAGGUGAUAAGGCUUUGUUUGAUCCAAAGGUGAAAUUUUUCAAAGAUCCUUCGAAGGAUGCCGAAGAGAAAAAAAGUGAGAAUGAUGAGCAUAAGCCAAUUUACCUUAAGGAUUAUCAUCGUAUGGCAUUAUUGGAAACAAAGACAAAUGAAGAUGAAGAAGAUGAAGAGAUGAUAAAUGGAAACAAGCAGGAGGAACUCGAAGGAGAAGGAGAUGAGAUAAUAAAACCAUACACUGAGCAACAGGAAGCAGACAAAGCUGCUCUUCUCUCCGAGAUUAACAAGGAAUUUGAGGACAAGAAUGAGGAUGGAGAUGAUGAAACAUUUUUGAAGAAGAAGCAGACAAAAGUUGAUAUUGCAGAUAAAGAAACAGAGGAACAGGAUUUACCGGAUCCCACAGUUGAUGGUGGAGAGAAGUUUUUAGAAGCAUACAUGGACAAACAAGCAUGGAUACCAACGGACAAAUCGAAGGAUCUUACCAAGGGAAUGAAUGAAGACGAUCCAGAAUUUGAUGAUGCUGCGGAAAGAUUUGAAAAUGCAUACAACUUCCGUUUUGAGGAUCCACACGCCGCUGAAAUUGUUUCAUAUGCAAGAUCUCAGGCUACAAUGAGAAGAGAGAAGAUGAAUUCGAGAAAGAAGGACAGAAAGAAGGAGCAAGAUAAGAGAAGGAAAGAGAAACAAGAUGUUCAAAAGCAAUUGAAGCAAAAGAAACAAAAGAAGAUCAACAUGGUUAUGGAUAGAAUUAAAGAGGUGCGAGAAGCUGUUGGCAAAGAGGUGCCUGAAUCUGUUAUUGCAAGCGUUUUUGGUGAUAUAUUGAUGCAGGAGGAUUUUGAUAGCGAUGAGUGGGACCAAAAGAUGAAUGAAGUGUUUGAAAAGUAUUAUGGUGGAGAGGAAGAAGGAGGAAAAAUCGAGAAACCACAAUGGAGCGAUGAUGAGGAAGAGACGGAGGAAAAAGAAGGAACCGAAAAGAGUGGUGAAAAUGAGGAAAAUGAAGAUGAGGAGACAGUUGUGUCUAAAAGAAAACAAAAAAGAGUUGAGAAGCAUGCUAAAAAGCAGCAAAAAGAGCAGCUCAAGCAGGUUGCUGUUGAUGUUGUGGAAAAACGAGCAUCGGAUAUUUUGGAUGAAGUGCAGCAGGAAAGAGGAAGAAGCAAGGUUAAAGAACCUGUGAAAUUCAGAUAUAGAGAAGUUUCACCAGAGAGCUUUGGCUUGACUACGAGAGAUAUUUUAUUUGCAAGUGACACCGACUUAAAUGAGUUCGUUGGCUUGAAGAAACUUGCCCCCUACAGACGUAAAAAUGACGUUGAGGAAGAUAAGAUGAAAUUUGGAAAGAAGAAAAGACUCAGCGAAUGGAGAAAGAAAGUGUUCCAUAAUCCGGAGGGACCAGAUUUUGAGAAUGAGGAUGAUUUGAGUGACGUUAAGAUUCCAUCAAUAGUUAACGGUGGGAAACAUAAGCAUCGCCAUAAGCACAAACAUGGCAACAAAAAGCGUCGUGCCGAAGAUGCACAAAAAAGUGAUGGCAAGAAGAGAAAGACCAAUUAG